UGCUCUUUCUAUCUCGCACCGAGAUCGACCCGAUCAUCUUCUUCCCCCCGGAGGCGAAAAUACGGCGAGAUCCGAUGGGCAAAAAGGUCAAAUGGUCGUGGACCUCCGCCGCGAUCGGCGCGGCGUCCGCCACCGCCGCCACCGCGAUGUUCCUGGCGCGGCCCAAGGACCCGACCUUCCACCUCAUCUCCAUCAGCCUCACCUCCUUCAAGCUCAGCCUCCCCGUCCUCGACGCCGAGCUCCUCCUCACAGUCCACGUCACCAACCCCAACGCUGCCCCCAUCCACUACUCCCCGGCCACCAUGUCCAUCCUCUACGACGGCGCCCCCCUGGGCUCCGCCGAGGUCGAGGCCGGCUCCCAGCCGCCGAGGUCCUGCCGACUGCUCCACCUCCGGGGGCGGCUCGACGGGCUCGAGCUGGCCCACCACGCGCGGCGGUUCUUCGCCGACGUGGCGCGGCGGGAGAUGGUGCUGGACGCGGCGGUGGACAUCGCCGGCGUCGCGAGGGUCCUGUGGUGGGACCACCGCUUCCGGGUGCACGUGGACAGUCACGUGACGGUCGACCCGGUGUUCCUCGACGUGAUCGAGCAGGAGAACACGUCGCAGCUGGAGGUGCUCCCGGCCUAGCCGCCAUUUUUACGAAAACGCCCCUCCCGCGGAUCUAGGCGGCCCCUGUAAUUUUUCAUGUCCGAAGGUCGGAAUUGCUAAUGUAAUUUAUAUAUUAGUAUUAAUAUUAAUCGGAAAAUCGGAAGAUUUGAUGAUUAAUUAUUUGAAUUUUUCCAAUCCCUCUAUCUACCAAGUGUCUAAUCUGAUAUUACCAUGGUGAUUGAUUGGGGAUUUUACUUUAA